AUGCACGGCUCUCGCCUCCAAUUCUCGCCGUCGUGUUCCACACUGCCCGCCCAUGCCGUGACGGCCGACGCGAAGGUCACAGCGCAGCCGGAGUGCGUUGCCCCUGGCGUCUUCCCUCCCCGCCUUUCUGGCAUUGACCUGCGGAUAUCAAUUCGAUUGUCGACAAUCGAUUGGAUCACCUCGGCUCUCGUGCGGCGACCCGGUUGA